AUGGCGGCCAUGUGGAGAGCACAGCACGUUAAACUUUUGAGAUAUGACUGGUGGUGCCAUCAGUAUUUCCAGAGGUUGGGGAUUCCUGUGGCCCCAUAUUACCCAAUAAUCGGUAAUGUCCAUGAAUGGCUCACGAAAGGAAACAACAACUUCGGUGAAGAAUGCAUAAAGAAAUACGGAAAAGUCGUGGGAAUAUACAAAUUCCGCGACCCGCUUCUCUAUGUGUCGGAUAUAGACAUCGUGAAAAAGGUUCUGGUUACCGACUUUAGUAAAUUUCCGAAUCACUGGGAUAUUCCUGCCCUUGGUUUCCCAUUGAAUAUGGCUCCAACUUACAUGAAAGGCCAGCGAUGGAAAGACAUCCGCGCCAUUAACACAUCGACAUUCACAACAAGCAAACUAAGACAGAUGGUCGGGAUAUUCAGCGACUGCUGUGACCCUCUUAUUAAAAACUUAGAGAAGGCUCACACUCAUAACAAACCACUGGAAGCAAAGAAGUAA